GUGCGCCGGUGCAGUAACCAGAGGCGGCGGUAAGGUGACAGAAGGUUGCGUUAUCAGUUAGCUUCAUGUUGCUCGGAGUCGUGCUAGCGGCGUUUUUGAGUCUAGGGGCAGUUGUGUGUUUUCUACAGCUGGCUCGUCUUCACUGCAGUGGAUGCUAGCUGCUUCCACAGGUCGCUAGGCUAACGCCGGGUUCUCGAAGGCGCGUUGUAACAUUGUGUCGCCGUAUUCAGGUAAUGAUUCAGAUGGAUCAAAAUGCACGGAAAGUUCGGAACCAGGACAUUAACCCCUGCAUCGAAGAGAGUGAUGACUCCCAGAAGUGUCUGAAUGCCUACAACUAUGAUAAAAGCAUGUGCUCCACCUACUUCCAGAGAUAUAAGAACUGUAGGAAAUACUGGCACAACAUCAUGGUGCAGAGGAGAAGAGAUGGUGUGAAGCCUGACAUGCCCACUGCUGCAGAGAGGCUGCAGAUGCUGACUUCACUGGGAGGCAAACCAUACUAAGAGUGAGCCCAGUCACAUGCACACUGGGAAGAGCAGCUGGCCUUCAGCCUGUGGUGGAGUUAACACUACAGUGUGUUCUGUGCUCCAAAGACUCGCCUACUCAAAUCAAGGUCAUCAGAAACUUGGAACAGUUUUACUUUUUAUGCUUUUAGCUGCAGACUUGGUGCUGUUUAAGGAUUUGACAGUAAAGAUUCAAUAGAAAAACACAAUUUCAACUUAAGGUGAGCACAGGUGUCCUACUUUGGAUCAUAUGUUAUUGCUUAUAAAAAUCCAUAUUUAUUAUUUUAUUACUCAUGACACUGUAGACUCUCUGCACACAGGGGGACCAGGUGUGGUGUCACUGCUUUCAGUGAUACCUGCUGAUCUCUGAUCUUUGACCUGCAGGAGUUUCACAGCAGCAGGUUACCUUGAUGAAAUGAACCGCCUUCAUAGAACAACAAACCCAGGAUUAGCCCUGAAGUUACCUGGAUAAGCCCAAAGCCAGCUUAGCAUUACUGCUAGUCUAAAGCAGCCAGUGAGGAACUAGAUACUGAAUGUUUUAUAUGACCAUGGUCAAGUGUGCAGCCUGUAUGUAAUGAGUGUUU